UGUGUGUGUGUGUGUGUGUGUGUGUGUGUGUGUGUGGUAGGUUGUUGAAUUGGGGCAAGCAGGUGGCUUGCAUGGAAUAAAAAGGUGGUUUUAGCCGAUAUUAUGUAUUGAUAACUUCGCUAUGUAUUUAAAUUCAUUGUUUUCUUAGGAACAUAGCUAAAAGUAAAUGAUUAAAGAUUAUGUGUUUCUUAAAUUAAAGUGAAAUUGUGUAAAUGAAAUAUGUGUUAACCCUUGCUUUGUGCUUUCAUGAAAUCACAUUAUAGGUAUUUCUUGCAAACCGCUUUAUAGCAAUGGAUAGGAGUUGGAUGAAAAUUAUGAAUAGAAGGUCGCGAGAAUAUUUAGAUGGAGUCCAACAGUUUCUAAAUUUUGUAUCUAACCAUGCACACCCGGAUGGAACGAUUUCAUGUUCAUGUAGAAAAUGUGUGCAUACAAAUUCAUGGCCUAUAGAUAUCGUACAGGCUCACUUAGUGUCAAAAGGGAUUUGUAGGGGUUAUAACCCUUGGGUUUUUAAUGGGGAAUCAUCAUCUACAUAGACUUCUUCUGAAAUUCCUAAUUUGAUAGAGUAUGCUGAUCUUCAUGACAUGUUGCAUGACAUGUUUCCCAUACAAGAUAUGGCAUCUGGGCCAACAACCCACAAAAGGUCAUGCAGAAUGUCCUAAUGAAGAUGCAUUUCGGUUUAUGAAAUUGUUUGAAGAUGCUAAUCAACCUUGUUAUGAAGGUUGUAAGCAUUUUAGCAAAUUUUCAGCCAUUGUGCAUUUGUAUCACAUGAAGUGUCUUCAUGGUUGGACCAACAAAUCAUUUACCAUAUUGCUGCAAUUUUUGCUUAAUUUUCUUCCUUUAAAAACUAAGUUUCCAAAAGAUUGUUAUGAGGCUAAGAAGAUUAUUAAGGAUUUGGGCUUGAGCUAUGAGGAAGAUUCAUGCUUAUCCUAAAGAUUGUAUUUUAUAUUGGAAGAAGAAUGCCAAUCUUGUAGCUUGUCCAAACUGUAACCAAUCAAGAUGGGAAAUUAAUGAGUCUAAAGGUCAACAAAGUACUAAUGCUUCCUCCAAGAAAAGAAAGAAGAAAGCUGCAAAGAUCCUACGAUGGUUCCCCUUAAAGCCAAGAUUGCAGCGACUAUUUAUGUCUCUUGAAACAGCCAAUCAUAUGAAGUGGCAUGCUAAUAGUCGUGUGAAUGACAGGUUACUAAGGCAUCCUGCUAAUUCUGAAUCUUGGAAAUCAUUUGACUCAAAAUACAUAGAGUUCUCAUCCAAGCCUCUUAAUAUGAGGCUUGGAUUAGCAACCAAUGGAUUUAACCCGUAUGGAAAUAUGAGUAGUACUCAUAUUGCAUGGCCUGUCAUUUUGAUCUCAUACAAUCUCCCUCCAUGGAUGUGCAUGAAAAGGUCUUCUUUCAUGCUAUCAUUAUUGAUUCUUGGUCCAACCUCACUCGAAAACGAUAUAAACGUGUACUUACAACCCUUAGUAGAAGAACUGAAGGACUUAUAGGAUGUUGGAGUGAAAACGUUUGAAGUGUCUUCCAAAAAAUCAUUCCAAAUGCAUUCUGCAUUAUUGUGGACCAUAAAUGAUUUUCCAGCAUAUGGUGAUAUCUCAGGUUAAAGCACCAAAUGUGCUCUUACAUGUCCCCCUUUUAACUAUGAUAUGGAAAGAAAUUUAGUUACAUUGGACAUAGGCAAUUCUUGGAUAGUGAUCAUAAAUUCCGUAAGCAGAAAAAUUCAUUUGAUAGGCAUGUUGAUACGAGAUCAGCUCCUAUUACAGUAUUCAAAGGGGAAAUCAUGUUACAAACAAAUGAUGUAGCCGAUCAUGUGUUUGGAAAGAAAACAGUUAAUUUGCCCAAUAAAAGAAAAAGAGGGGAGGAAGCCUUAAUUGUGUGAAAGAAGAGAAGUAUAUUUUUUACCUUGCCUUAUUGGGAGCACUAUGUGUUGCGUCACAAUCUUGACGUGAUGUAUAUUGAAAAGAAUGUAGUUGAUAAUAUAAUUGGCACAUUGUUGAACUUGGAUGGCAAGACAAAUGAUAACUUGAAGGCACGUCAAGACUUAAAGGAUAUGGGUAUAAAAAGUGAGCUUCACUUGGAAAAGGUUGGGAAUGUUCAGACACGUAUGCCAUAUGCCUGCUACCAUAUGAAUGCUAGUGAUAAGAAUGGUUUUCUGCAAGUUUUGAAGGAUGUAAGAGUGUUAAAUGGAUAUUCUUCAAACAUCUCACGUUACGUUAAACUCAAAGAAUGCAAGAUUAGUGGGAUGAAGAGCCAUGAUAAUCACAUUUUAAUGCAGCAAUUUUUUCCGAUAGCAAUACGCGGAUAUUUGCCCCCUGAAGUGAGUAGGCAUUUAAUUGAUUUAUCCUUUUUCUUUAGGGAGAUAUGUUCCAACGUACUAAAUAUGGAGGAACUUAGGGCUCUUGAGAAAAGAAUUGCACUGACAUUGUAUGAAUUGGAAAGGAUAUUCCCUUCCUCAUUCUUUAUAGUGAUGGUAUAUCUAGUCGUGCAUUUGGCUAGCAAAGCCAAAGUUAGUGGCCCAAUUCAUUAUCAUUGGAUGUAUCCCAUAGAGAGGUAACACAUAUGGUAACUUGCUCUAUUUGGUUUUGUUUAACUUAUCAAUUUCCCGUUGUUGAUCUUAUGUUUUUCAAUAAGUACUUGUCAAGACUUAAGUCUUAUGUACAUGAUAAAACUUAUCCAGAAGGCUCCAUUGCAGAAGGGUAUAUAGUAAAGAAACGCUUAGCAUUCUGCUCACGCUAUUUUAAAUCUGUUGAAACUGCAUUCAAUCGGCCUGUAAGGAAUGUCGAGGAAUCCAUGGGUGCAGUAGUGAGCAUUACACUAGAUUCAAAUUCAUGGAUCCAAGCACAUCGUUAUGUGCUAUUCAAUUGUGAAGAAAUCACCCCAUUUUGCGAUAUACACAUAGCGGAGAUCAAGGUUAAUUUCCCUCUUCAUGUAACCGAUAAUGUUAUUCAAAAGCAGCACAUGGAGAAAUUCUGCAACUGGUUUAGGAACUAUAAGACUAGGCCAUUAGGAGAAGGCUUACCAAGCACCAGAUUGAACGGGAGAAGAAGAAGGAGAUGUAUUUCCCCAUGAGGAAGUAUGCUAUCAAGGUGUAAGGUGUAGGGCCUUUAGUUUAUGUGAUCUUUCUACCUUGCUACCAUAAAUCCAUUUGGUUUGCAAAUUUUGCCAUUUGUUUACUUAAUCUUAAUUUCAUAUUGGUGGGACUUGAUCGAUUGUUUAAAUACUUUGGAACUUUGAUUGUGGUAUUAGCUUGGAAUUUUGA